GCCAAGUUCGGAGAUGGCUGCGGGCGAAGGGCAGGACCCCGGCGUGCGAGCCUCCGGAGCAGCAGACCCGGGACCCCGUGGGAAGCGGUCCGCCCGGGGCGCCGCCCGCGCAUGCGUAUUGAGGGGUCCCAAGCCCGCGCCGCGCGGACUCCAUCGCGGGGUUUUCCCGUCGGAGCGCACCUGGCGCCGGGGGCUGGGCCAGCGCGGGGGCCCCGUCUCUCGGAGUCUUUGGCUCGGCAAUCGGGGCGCGCAGCACCCUCUCCCGCCGGGUUGGGGCCGGAGGCGGAGGCGGCGUCGGGGGCGGAGCCGUGCGCGCGGCCCUUUGUCCGUGGAGUCCGAAUGCUGUACCUUUUCAAGAGGAGAACAUGGAAGAGAAGGAAAUGAAUGAUAGGCCACAGAUAGUCAGGUCCAAGGGGUCCCUGACAUUCCAGGACGUGGCUGUGGACUUCACCGGAGAGGAAUGGGACCAGCUGUGCCCUGCUCAGAAGAACCUCUACCGAGAUGUGAUGCUAGAAAACUACAGGAAUCUGGUCGCUCUGGGUCAUCAACUGUAUAAGCCAGAGGUGAUCACUCAGUUGGAGCAAGAAGAGCAGUGCAUGAUGGAAAGAGACAGCCCACUGGACACUCGUCCAGAUGCAGAAAAUAGACCUGAAGUCAAAAAAUCAACUCCAAACCAGAGUAUUUCUGAUGAAAUUCAAACCCAUAACAUGAUAAUGGAGAGACUAACAGGAGAUAGUUUCUGGUACUCCAUUUUAGGAGGACUCUGGGAUUUUGAUUAUCAGUUAGAGUUUAAUCAAGAAAAUCACCAGAGACAUUUAGGACAAGAAUCUUUUGCCGAAAGAAAGUUCCCACAGGAGAGAAGCCCUGGAUGUAACGAAUUUGGGGGAAACUAUAAAAUGAUCUCAAAUCUUAUGCAUCAGCGAAUUUCUUCAAUUAAGAUACCCCUUAAUUCGAAAACACAAGGAAAUGGCAUCAAACAUAAUUCAGGAUUGAUUUACUAUCAGGGAAACCAUGUAAGAGAAAAUACUUAUGAAUAUAAUGGAUGUGGGAAAAUCUUCAAUCAACAUAUUUUUCUUACUAAUCAUAUUCAUACUGAAGAGCCCAGUGAAUGUAGGAAGACCUCCAGCCACAACUCAACUUUUACUCAACCUCAGAUAGUCCUUACAGGAGAGAAGCCCUAUAAGUGUGAUGAAUGUGGGAAAAGAUUCAGCCAGAAGAUACAUCUUAUUCAACAUCAGCGGAUUCAUACAGGAGAAAAACCUUUUAUAUGCAAUGACUGUGGGAAAGCCUUUCGUCAACAUUCAUCCUUUACUCAACAUCUGAGGAUUCAUACUGGAGAGAGGCCCUACAAAUGUAAUCAAUGUGGUAAAGCCUUUAGCCGUAUCACAUCCCUUACUGAACAUCAUAGACUUCAUACUGGAGAGAAGCCUUAUGAAUGUAAUUUUUGUGGGAAAGCCUUUAGCCAGAAGACACAUCUUAAUCAGCACGAGAGGACUCAUACAGGAGAGAAGCCCUAUAAAUGUAAUGAAUGUGAGAAAGCCUUUAGCCAGAGUGCACACCUUAAUCAACAUAGGAAAAUCCAUACUCGGGAGAAAUUAUGUGAAUACAAUAAAUGUGAGAAAGUUUUAAGCCACGGUCCUUCACUUACUCAGCAGUACAUAACUCCUGGGGGAGAAAUAAUAUGAAUAUAUAAAUGUAGAAAUUUUUUUGUCAUACUUUUUCAUCCCAUUCAAUAUAAAGUUAUUCAUAAUGGAAAGUUUAUAAACAAACAUUUAAUGCAUAGACACCAAAUAAAUUUAGACUUUAAACUGGUAGCAUAUUAUAACCACAAGAGAGGUUGUAAAUAGUAAACAUAACUUAUUUUAUAAACAAGAUUAUAUUAGAAGUCAUGUUCCAAAUCUGAUAUAAAACUUUUUUAAUGACCAGAAAUUCUGUAUGCAAUAACCUGUGAUUAUUCACCUGUAAGUUUUAUGGCAAAGUUCUUAAAUUAUACAAACAUUGAUUACUCAAGGCAAUGACAUAGUGUAACUAGUCACAUAAACUUGAAAUAAACAGAAAAGAGCAAUAUUUCUCAAACUUCAGCAUUUGCACACUUCAUUUACAGUUUUACCA